CUCUCGCCGCGCGCGCCGGGCCGGGCCCAGGGGCGGGCCCAGGGCCGCGGACAGGGCGGACAUGAAGUGCCUUGUGGGCAUCCUGUGGAUCGUGCUCGCCCUCGUCUCAAGCUGCUCGGGGAACCCUGACGCCAAACGACUGUACGACGACCUGCUCUCCAACUACAACAAGCUGGUGCGGCCCGUGGUGAACGUGACGGACGCCCUCACCGUGCGCAUCAAGCUCAAGCUCAGCCAGCUCAUCGACGUGAACCUCAAGAACCAAAUCAUGACCACCAACUUGUGGGUCGAGCAGUCCUGGGACGACUACAAGCUCAAGUGGGACCCGAGGGAGUACGGCGGCGUGGAGAUGCUGCACGUGCCUUCCGACCACAUCUGGCGGCCGGACAUCGUCCUCUACAACAACGCCGACGGCAACUUCGAGGUGACGCUGGCCACCAAGGCCACGCUCAACUACACGGGGCGGGUCGAGUGGAAGCCGCCCGCCAUCUACAAGUCGUCGUGUGAGAUCGACGUCGAGUACUUCCCCUUCGACGAGCAGACCUGCGUCAUGAAGUUCGGGUCCUGGACCUACGACGGCUUCCAGGUGGACCUGCGCCACAUCGACGAGGUCCGAGGCACCAGCGUGGUGGACAUCGGCGUGGACCUCAGCGAGUUCUACACGUCCGUGGAGUGGGACAUCCUGGAGGUGCCCGCGGUCAGGAACGAGAAGUUCUACACGUGCUGCGACGAGCCGUACCUGGACAUCACGUUCAACAUCACCAUGCGGCGGAAGACGCUGUUCUACACCGUGAACCUCAUCAUCCCCUGCAUGGGCAUCUCCUUCCUCACGGUGCUCGUCUUCUACCUGCCCUCGGACAGCGGCGAGAAGGUGUCCCUGUCCAUCAGCAUCCUGCUGUCGCUCACUGUGUUCUUCCUGCUGCUCGCCGAGAUCAUUCCGCCCACUUCGCUCGUCGUCCCGCUGCUGGGCAAGUUCGUGCUCUUCACCAUGAUCCUGGACACGUUCAGCAUCUGCGUGACGGUGGUGGUGCUCAACGUGCACUUCCGGUCGCCGCAGACGCACACCAUGGCGCCGUGGGUGCGGCGCGUGUUCAUCCACGUGCUGCCCAGGCUGCUCGUGAUGCGGCGGCCGCACUACAACCCGGACCGGCGGCGCUGGGAGGGCGGGCUGCCCGCCUCGGCGUCCAGCGCGUCGGGCCUGGGCCCGGGCCUGGGCCAGCGCGUCGUGGUGCGCACGUGCAACGGCCUGGAGAUGCGCGACUCGGGCCACAGCGCCCACAGCGCCGAGAGGGAGACCUCGGCCUCCGACCUCGUCGACUCGUACCCGCAGGGCUACUCGCAGGGCUACGGCCACGACGACGAGUUCAGAGAGCUGGGCGCGUCGGGCACGCUGGCCGGCAGCACGUGUCGCAUCCACGGCACCCCGCCGCCGCCGCUGCUGCUCGGCGACCUGGCGGGGCUGGCGGGGCUGGCGGGGCUGGACGGGGUGCCCGACCCCCUGAUGCCCGCCUCGCCGCUCAACGCCUCGCCGCCCCCGCGACCCUCCAGCCGGCCGCCCCCGGACAUGCCCCACCUGCGGGGCACCAGCCGGCACUGGCACCACUGUCCAGAGCUGCACAAGGCCAUGGACGGCGUGUGCUUCAUAGCGGACCACACCAAGCGGGAGGAGGACUCCACCAGGGUGAAAGAAGACUGGAAGUACGUGGCAAUGGUGCUGGACCGGCUGUUCCUGUGGAUCUUCACGCUGGCGGUGCUGGUGGGCACGGCCGGCAUCAUCCUGCAGGCGCCCACCCUGUACGACGACCGGAUGCCCAUCGACGUGCGCCUGUCCGAGAUCGCGCAGACCACGGCCAAGCCGCACAUCGCCUCCGGCCUCUAGGUCCAGCCUCUAGGCCUGCGGGCCUCGCCUUUCUCGUCUCUACCACCAGCGCGUGGGCCGUGGGCGCAGGACGGCCUGGCCGACGACAACCCGCCUGCACAAGCGUGCUCUUGUUUGCGUCCUACCUGGUUCGACGGCACUGCGCCGAACUCGGCCGAACUGCUCCGAACAUGUCUGCCAGUGGGGCGGAGGGUGGCACCGCCAACUCGUCCUGUUCGUUGAGACUCUUUCUUUGGCAGUGUGGGCCCUUCCAGGACCCUUCCAGGACCCUUCCAGGAUCCUUCCAGGCUUCCAGCAGCGCGCUCGACGCGACACUAUCAAGCACAAAGUACGAUGUAAUAAGGUCAUAAGGUAAUAAGCCACACCCACAUCGCGUUCGAGACGAUGACGCUCGGAAGGUUAAUGAGUAUUAUUCCUUAGUUUUGGCCAUUACUCCUAUAGGCAAGCUUUUUGUUUUCUUUAACGUAAUGUGGAAAAAGUUGCAAGUCUUUCUCAUGGUGUUCAUUUGUGAUAGCCGCGGAUCAUUAGAAUGUAAGUAGACAAUUCGUUAAAGGAUUUACCAUCUCAUUGCUCAGAAGUGAUAUAAUUUAUAAAAUGAAAUGGCGAGAGUGUAUGAAAAUAAAUGGGGUGCCUCAUCAAUGUUGAAGUUAUGAAUAAAUAUCCCAAGUGGGGCGGGGAAUUGUGUAAAUAUUUGAGACACAUUAAUGUGAAACUAGAGACCAAAUCACAGAACAUGUAAAAAGUUAUUAUUAUUAUUAUUAACGUUAUUAUUAUUAUUAGUAUUAUUAUUAUAAUUUAAAGUGAUUAUUCUACUUAAUUGUAUGUCUUCUCUGAAACCAUUAUGUUUAAGGUCAGUAUUGUUAGAUUGUUGGGCUGUGUGCAGCGGGCCUGGCACUGCUCAAUAGCGUGUUCCACUGCCAUCAUUUAUAGAGCUGCCAUUAUUUCUAUUAAAAGAAACCAGAGGCUGUUUGGCGGGGAAAUGAAUGUAAACUUGUUCUCUUUUUUGCUUUGAAGAAAGUAUAAAGUGUAUAAUUGUGGCAUACUUCAUUUUUCUCGCGGGGAGAAAACCACAGCUUACAUCUUUCAGUCUGAGAUGUGCUUCUUCUGUACUAGUUUGCAAUUGUUUUCCCUGUGCAUCCAAUCUGUGAGACACCUAUCCUUGCCUUUCUUCCAAAACAGGUUCACCACGAAGUCUUACCAUUGCAUUUUGUGUUCCUUUGAUCCGUUUGCGGUCGUUGGAACCACGCGUUAAGCUGUUAGAGCCUCAUUGAGCUGAGCAGGAUGUCAACACCAGAAAUUUACUAGAACUUUGCUUAUUUUAUGAAAUUUAUCAAGAAUGAAAAGAGCCACUUUUGGCUAGAUUUAUCCACAUCCACAGGAGAGAAAAUAACUUAAAUAUGAUUAUAGUCUGUGAGGAGUCGAGGAGCAUUGGAUGUAUCUGACCGGCUAUCUCUGAAGUAAAAAAUAUAUAGCUCUAUCAAAGGAAA